UUCCCACCGCCAUCUUGGAGACCCCGAGGCCGCGGCGAAUAGACUGGCGCUCCGAGGCGGACCGCCAUGGAAUUAGAGGAAUAAGACGAAACCGUUGAAAAGGUGGUCCUCGCGUCCUUUUGUAAUAUUGGUAGUGCUGGUCACGGUGACGAAAGAGAAGAACAAGGAGGCGGCGUAGAAAGAAGAAGACAAUUACGCGCUGCCUUUUUUCCGACGUGGAUUUCUGUUUAUUCUGCAGGAAACGAGCGUCUGGAAUGCUGUGUUUCGUCCCCUUCUGAGCAGAGCUGCCACGGCACCUCAGACUGGAAGCAGGGUGAGGAGGAGGAGGUGGAGGAAGAGAAGGAGGGUGCGCACCAUGUAAAACCGCUAAUAGGACGGAAAGACCCCCCGGCUCAAGCAGAUAACUCCCUUCGGCUGCUGUUGGCGUGGAAAGACGACACGAGAUUUGAAUAUUAGAAUUUGUUUGACUUAAAAAAUGUCGUCAAACUGCACAAACACUGCACCGGUGAGCGCAAGCAAAACCAAGACAAAAAAGAAGCACUUCAUUGGACAGAAAGUGAAAUUAUUCCGAGCCAGCGAGCCCAUCCUCAGCGUCUUGAUGUGGGGAGUGAACCAUACGAUUAAUGAACUCAGCAAUGUGCCAGUGCCCGUGAUGCUCAUGCCAGAUGAUUUCAAAGCAUACAGCAAGAUCAAGGUGGAUAAUCAUCUGUUUAACAAGGAGAAUUUGCCCAGUCGGUUUAAGUUUAAAGAGUACUGCCCAAUGGUUUUCCGAAACUUGCGUGAGAGAUUUGGAAUUGAUGACCAGGAUUAUCAGAAUUCUUUGACAAGGAGUGCACCAUUGAACGUUGACUCUCAGGGUCGAUUUGGUUCCCGAUUCCUCACCACGUAUGACCGGAGAUUUGUAAUUAAAACCGUAUCCAGUGAAGACAUUGCAGAAAUGCACAACAUAUUAAAAAAAUAUCACCAGUUUAUCGUUGAGUGCCAUGGCAGCACACUUCUGCCACAGUUCCUUGGGAUGUACCGGUUAACCGUGGAUGGUGUUGAAACCUACAUGGUGGUGACAAGAAAUGUUUUCAGUCACAGGUUAACCGUACAUCGUAAAUACGACCUAAAGGGCUCAACAGUAUCCAGGGAAGCUAGUGAUAAAGAAAAGGCAAAGGAAUUACCAACUUUUAAAGAUAACGAUUUUUUGAAUGAAGGACAGAAACUUAAUGUUGGAGAGGAGAAUAAGAAGAUCUUCCUAGACAAGUUAAAGAGGGAUGUCGAGUUUCUUGCCCAACUGAAGAUAAUGGACUAUAGUUUACUAGUUGGCAUUCAUGAUGUGGACCGUGCUGAACAAGAAGAAAUGGAAAUUGAAGAAAGGGGCGAAGACGAGGAGUAUGAGAAUGAUGGGGUGGGAAGCAAUCUGGCCACUGGAUCUUUUGGAACACCUCCAGACAGCCCCGGAAAUCUGCUCAACUUUCCUGGCUUCUUUGGUCCUGGAGAGUUUGACCCAUUAGUGGACGUAUAUGCCAUAAAGAGCCAUGAAAAUGCCCUAAAAAAGGAGGUGUACUUUAUGGCAAUUAUUGACAUUUUGACUCACUACGAUGCAAAGAAGAAAGCUGCCCAUGCUGCCAAAACUGUCAAACAUGGGGCUGGAGCUGAAAUAUCCACGGUAAACCCUGAGCAGUACUCCAAACGAUUCUUGGAAUUCAUGUCUAACAUCCUAUCAUAGUAUUGUCCCCUUCCGUCAUGUGCCACGUUUUUUUCCCACCCCUUGUAUCUCCUGCGGUUUUGAGAGAUGCAUGAGACUGAAACUUUUUAUUUCAGAAGAGAAAAAAAAAAUUGUUUGUUACACUAAGACCAACAGACUGUAGCAGGUAUGUGUGUGAGAACAACAGUAUUUAACAGAUGUACAUUUUUGAGAGAAAAUGGCUGCACCCCAGCUGCGGAUCUUAGUAAAUGUGAAUGAACCCAGCGCAAGCCUAUCAUGUAUGUACUAAAACCUUUGUCAGCAUUGCCUUGGAGUGUUAACUUGUCACAGUUUUUCAGCGGUAAUCCUCAUUUCCACCCCCCAGCCGCCCCUGAAUUUUGAAAAGUACAAAGAGAGCCGAUUUGUGUCCUGACUUGCACAACACACAGGUCAGAUUAACAUGUCAGGCCGCGCUCAACAGCUGGAUUUCCAUUGACACACGUAACGUUCUAAUGCAUGUCUACCGUCAAAAGACACGUAACGCUGUUUAUCCUAGUGACCCACUUGAAACAGACACACUAGUCCUACUUUGGUAAGGUUUUAACUUUUCUUACAUAUGUUAAGUUGCCAUAUGAUGUAUUUAUAAUUUAAAGAUAAAUGCAACUUUUAUCAAUAAAAUGCUUAAAAAGGAUUUGAUACCCAGUCAAAAAAAAAAAAAAAGGGUUUUUAUAUGAAUCAAUAUUUUACAUAUUGUUUACAUUUAACAUGUAGCAUUUUAUUUUUAUAAUUUUUUUUUUUGUCAUUUGUAUGCAGUAUUGUUUUGUUGCCAGCAAACAGCAGUAAAGGUAAGUUACUUGAACAGAAAACAUAAAUAAUUCUUAAAAAGGGAUUUCCCCCUCCGUUUUUAUUCUGAUUUAAAUUGUACUCUUCCCAUCCAGUAUGAGAAAGGCCUCUAUGAGUAAUGUCAGGUUCUGUGAGUGCCUAACUUUUAUGUACAAUUUUUUUAUAUUAGAAGUGGAUAGCAAGGUGCUUUUAACACAAAUAAAACUAUCAUGCCUUGAAAUGUCCUUUCCUUUUGUAAUCUAAUUUGAAAAGUUGUAAGGUACUUGGGGGGAGGACGGGAAGGGGGGGAAUAAGACCAUUAAGAAAAAUCUGAAGAAAGAAUUGUGUAAUAUGUGCUAUUCAACUAAACUUGAAAUAAAAAAAAAUUAAUUUCUAUUUAAAAGGAGAUUAAUAAGGUGUUAGAGACCCCCUUUAAAAGGCAUGACACUUCAGUGUUUUAGCACUAAAUGACUUAUUGUGUAUAUUUUGAAUUAUCAGUAUGUGUGUGUGCCAGAUUAAAAAUAAAAGCAAGGACUUUUCUGUCUUGAUCCUGUGCUACGUCCACACUACGGCGCUUUCAUUUAAAAACUCGGGCUAGUUUCCGUUCUCACCUUUCGUCCACUUUAACUCCCGACAGGAGACUUUUAAAGACGCUCUUCAGGACCGUCUGCUUCUGAAAACGGCAGUGCAGUGUGAAUGGGUGACAACAACAAGCUUCAAAAACACCGACUCUGAUUGGAUCGGACAUGCUCAUUACGUGGCCCUUCCCUGAUUGGACUCUGCUCAUUACAACAUCAUUCCCUGAUUGGUCACCCUUCACAUAUAAAAACUAAGUUAAUUCAGCCAAAGUAGAAAAGUUACUUUCUAUGACGCUUGUUGUUUUGCUUACCUGUAUACGCCUAAAUUGCAUUUUUGUACAGUUUGAAUGCUGUAUACAAGCACAAAAGGCAAAUAAUUUACCGGUCACUACAGUUUUGCUGCCGUUAUUACAAUCCCUUGGAACGAUUUUUUUACCAAUGCGUGCAUAUCCAGGGUAGGCAGACAUCUAUGUCACGCGUUUUUGGUCGUUUUAGUGUGGGCGGAGAUACUUCCAUAAAAAUGACAUGAAAACAUUUGUUUGGGCAGAGAACAGUUUUUUGUUUAAAAACAAUUUUUAAAUGAAAGCGUAACUGUGUGGGCACACUCCACCCAAAAAAAACAUGUUAAUUACUCUUGGUAGUUUGUAGUUGAGUGGCAAGAAAAAUUUUCAAUUUCAUGUUUUCCUGCAGAACAGAGGAGGAGAGAGGAUGUUGGGAACAGUAUGAGGGUCCUGCCAUCAACCCCCUGCCCUUCCGAGUUCCCCAUGUAAGUUGGAGGGCUGGAUGCAGGUUAACAUCAUAGCCAAGAUGGAGCAAUUGUAGGUCAAGGGCGCAACGGAGUAGAAUCACUUCUGGCAUUUACGGGAUUUGAGAUAAACAAAAAAUAUUUAUAUAUCUGGAUACAUACAAAGUAAGUUUAUUGUGACCAAUGGUGGGCAACAGCAACCACCAAUGUCAAUUACAUCCACGAAAGUAAUCACAUUACUCGUGUGGCAUGAAGUCAUCCAGUCAUAUGCUCACAAUGUCCUAAACACAUGCAUUAUUAAUAAACUAUUGGUAAAUAAGUCACUCCUGGAAGAACACACAGUGAUACAAACAUGGAUUUAAAUUGUAGACCCUCAUGCUCUGCUUGUUACAUUUAUAUUCAUAUCCACCUUGGGAUUGCUUUUUUUUUUUUUUUGUUCUUUAUUUCGUCUUAUACAAUUUCUUGUAUUAGUAAUUUGUUAGUUUUCGCAUACCCCUUGGGGUCAGAGCGCAGAGUCAGCCAUUGUACAGCGCCCCUGGAGCAAUUACAGGUUAAGGGUCUUGCUCAAGGGCCCAGCAGAGUAGAAUCUCUUUUGGCAGUGACGGGGAUUCGAACUGGCAACCUUACGGAUACCAGCACAGAUCCUUAGCCUCAGAGCCACCACUCUGCUUAGAGGUGAAACCGCACAGGUGAGCAGACCUUCUGUUUGUUGAAGCAGCUCGGAUAUUCACAAGUCCAAGGCCUGGUCUCUGUUCCGGAUUAAUGUUUUGUUUUUUUUAAUUAAUCUUUGUACGCACCUCUCAGUGAGCUUUUACACUGUCGCUAUAACAUGAAAUGCAAUGUUAGCCAAUGAGUAAAGAGGUUACUGGGCGGGACUCUUGACCAAUGGGUGAGGCAGCCCUUCAGCUCAAAUGCUUGUUCCAUUUUAGUUCAUGAGAUAGUUUUCCAGAAGUGGUUUAGUUAAUAAUACUUUAGUAAAAAUGCAUUUGUUUGGGACAUUUGGAGUGUGUGACAUGACUAACAUGAGAUUUUUCUCCAGGGACGUUUUGAAAUUGUUUGUAGUUGUCCAAUGCUGGUCACUAUAGACUUGUAUUCUAUCAGAAACUAUCUCCAUUCUUGAUGAAAAUGUUUUCUCAGCCAUCACUACAAACUGCUCGGGAAAUGUAAUGUAUUUUUAAAGAAAAUCAUUUUUGGGUGGACUACUCCUUUAAAUAUUUAUAUUCCAACUGAAAAGAAUGAGCAAAAUAAUACAAGGGCUUUGAUUGUUAAAUUGUGUUAUCUUGGAAAUGGUGGCUUGAGUGAACCCAGUUUGAAAGAACCUUGGGCAGCAUUUGUGUAAUUUGCAUGCUUUGGGGGUGGGGGGGGGAAUCCUUUUAAAUGGGGAGGUAAAGUACAGCCAAGUCCAGAAGAGUGUGGCUAGGGUUCGACUUCUUGAAGCACAAUCCACAUGGCUCAUAUACUAAAUAUACUUUAUAUAGUGUAUGAAAACAUGCAACUCUAGAUGUAGCACAACGACUUUGUGGUUUGGCUGGAUGUGAUGUUCAAGCAUAAAUAUUCACCAAUAUUGGGCUGCUUUCACUGGCUUUGCUUUUAUAGAUUGUGGAAAUCUACAAUUUUGGUAUUUUAAUGUCCACAUUCCCUUCAGUGUUAAAAUUACGCUCUGGAAACAUACUCCCUUUUGGUAUUUUUGUACUGCAUAACAUAAAACUACCAACGUCAUUGAAGGCAAUGUUUUAGAAAUCUUGAGACACCAACAACUCUUGGAAACUACAUUUUUAAGUGUUAUCUGUCUGUAAAUCUUUUCUUCAAUCCUUUAUGACAGGAUAUUUAAAAUAAAACAGGGAAACCAGAUUUUAAGAAUA